AUGAGAAAAAUUGUGGAGUUCUUUGGGGAUAUAAAUAUCUUGACAGCAGCACAUGCUAUCUUCCAGAGUCAUAAUGAAGGACCAGUGAAGGCAAGAGCAGUUCUUGAUACUGUGAUGAAUAUAUUUAUCAAGACUAUGACCGAAGAUGACGACAAAGAAGUUGUUGCUCAAGCCUGUAUGAGCAUUGUAGAAAUCAUCAAGGAUUAUGGUUACAUUGCUAUUGAGCCUUAUAUGUCUUUGUUGGUUGAUGCAACUUUGCGGCUUCUGCGGGAGGAAUCUGCUUGUCAGCAAUCGGAUAAUGAUAGUGAUAUUGAUGAGGAUGAUACUGAACAUGAUGAAGUGCUUAUGGAUGCAGUGUCUGACCUUCUUCCUGCAUUUGCAAAGUCAAUGGGUCCUCACUUUGCACCCAUCUUUGCAAAGCUAUUUGACCCUUUAAUGAAAUUCGCGAAAUCUUCGCGUCCUCCACAAGAUCAGACCAUGGUGGUUGCUUGCCUUGCUGAAGUUGCUCAGGACAUGGGUGCUCCAAUUGCAGGCUAUGUUGAUAGAGUGAUGCCUUUGGUACUCAAAGAACUAGCGUCAUCAGAAGCAACUAACAGGAGGAAUGCAGCAUUUUGUGUUGGGGAGUUGUGCAAAAAUGGGGGCGAGUUAAGUUUGAAAUACUAUGGUGACAUUUUGCGGGGACUUUACCCAUUAUUUGGGGAUUGUGAGCCAGAUGAUGCUGUUAGGGAUAAUGCAGCUGGUGCUGUGGCAAGGAUGAUAAUGGUGCAUCCUCAGUCCGUCCCACUGAAUCAGGUCCUUCCUGUUUUCCUGAAGGUUCUUCCUCUAAAGGAAGACCAUGAGGAAUCAAUGGCUGUUUAUAGUUGUGUUUCCACUCUGGUUUUGUCAUCAAAUCCCCAGAUCCUUUCACUUGUUCCGGAGUUGGUUAAUAUUUUUGCCCAAGUAGUGGUUUCCUCAGACGAAACUUGUGAAGUAAAGGCUGUAGUCGGAAGGGCUUUUUCUCAUCUGAUUUCUGUGUAUGGCCAACAAAUUCAACCAUUGCUGAGUAACCUCUCACCUGCACAUGCUAAUGCCCUAGCUGCAUUUGCCCCCAAAAGCUGACGUGUUAUUGAAUGAACUUGUCUUCCCCAAUUUUCUGCGGUGUGUGUGUGUGUCAAAGGAACGGGUGAAAUCAUACAGCAGAUGGAUAUCCUACCUACCAGGUUUUUCGGCCCAUCACCAGCUUUCUUGUGUGGAUUAUAGGUUUCAAUUUGUUCUCAUCAUUUAUUUGUUUAUUUACUU